AUGGUUAUUCCUCAAGUUAAUAUGGUUAUUCCAUUGUUGCUUCUUGUGCUUAUUGGGUUGGCAUCAAUGAAAACCGGAGCACAAUCAGUUGGAAUAGGAGUAUGUUAUGGACGAGUGGCGAACAACUUGCCUCCUUCUGAAGAGGUAAUAGAUCUUUACAAAGCUAAUGGUAUUGGAAGAAUGAGAAUUUAUGAUCCUGAUCAAGCAACAUUAGAAGCUCUAAGAGGUUCUAACAUAGAACUUGUCAUUGGAGUUCCUAAUGAAAACAUUGAAUCAAUUGCUAAUAGUGUUUCAUCAGCUACUUAUUGGGUCCAAAACAAUAUAUUAAAUUACUCCAAGGAUGUCAAAUUUAGAUACAUUGUUGUUGGGAAUGAAAUAGAUCCUAGUAAUGAUCCAACAUCAACAUUUGUUCUACCAGCAAUGUUGAACAUUAAUGCAGCACUCACAUCUGCCAAUUUACAGCAUCAAAUCAAGGUUUCAACUGCUAUACAAAUGAAUUUGUUGGGAAGUUCCUAUCCUCCAUCAUCAGGUGCAUUUAGCACUUCUUCCAUUUUAUAUAUAACUCCAAUUGUUAAUUUUCUUGUGGAGAAUGAGGCACCACUUCUUGCAAAUGUGUAUACUUAUUUCAGCUACAUAAAUGAUCCAAAAAGCAUUGACCUUUCUUUUGCUUUAUUUACUUCACCAAAUGUUAAGGUGAGAGAUGAAAAGAAUGAGUAUCAAAAUUUAUUUGAUGCAACAUUAGGAGCACUUUAUGCAGCUCUUGAAAAAGUUGGUGGUGCAAAUUUGAAAGUAGUAGUAUCAGAAAGUGGAUGGCCUUCUCAUGGUGAUGUUGGUGCAUCAGUUGAAAAUGCACAAAUCUACCACGAGAAUUUAAUUAAGCAUGUUUCUGUCGGGACUCCUAAUCGGCCUAAUCAAGCAUUGGAAACUUAUUUAUUUGCCAUGUUUGAUGAAAAUCAAAAAGGACCUGCUGAAACAGAGAGGUAUUAUGGUUUAUUUACACCUGAUAAACAACUCAAGUAUCAAAUCAGUCAAUUACUUAAGCCAUCUUACUCUACAAAUUCCUCUUCUUCUAAAUCGGGUGGAGGUUCUUCUGAAUCGGGUGGCGGUUCUUCUGAAUCGGGUGGAGAAAUGUCUUAUUUUACAAGUUCCUCUCCAAGUGAGUCUAGAGCAGGAGUAGUAGUAUUCAUUUUGUGUUUCACUUUAUUAUUUCUUUAUUUUGUUUAA